GUUGCAUGAUGCGCCACGCGAGCGGCUCAUCACUACUUUUGACCUUUUUCUGGAGGUAACGAAACCAAAGCGUGCGUGACAUUAUGGAUUGCCUUUUUCUUCUGAUCUGGACUUUACCUAUACCGCUUGUUGGCUGUUCGUCAGUUAAACUGCUGCCUACCCUGGUGUCCUGGAACGUCAUUAAGACGCUGCAGAUAUGUUGCUCACAUUCCAUACUCUCCAUUCCGGCCGCAGACUUUCCAGACAACCACGGAUUGAAUCAGGACUAUGUGUUUGCCACGCCGGUGGAGGUGGACUCCGGGGGCGGCUACAUCACCCACGAUCUGAAGAGGAGAAGCGGCUACGUCUCCCAGGACGCUUGGGGGAGCGUCCGGCGUAGAAAAAGGUCCACCCCCCAGCCCGGCGCGGUCCACUACCGGCUGUCGGCCUUCGGGCGGGACCUGCUUCUGGACCUGCGGCCCUCGCCCGUGGUGGCGCCGGGCUUCGCCGUGCACACGCUGGGGCCUGACGGCGGCAUCGUGGCAAUGCCAGGAGACUCGGGGGCAGCGAUCAGCGGCUGCCUGUAUCAGGGGUUCAUCCGCAGCGAGACGCCUUCCUCCGCCGCCAUCUCCACCUGCUCCGGACUGUCAGGUCUGAUCCGGGUGUCUGGGGAGGAGUACUUCAUCGCCCCUCUGCCUCACCACCUGGCCUACCGGCACAACUACAGCGCCCCUAGUGGUCACCACCCCCACGUAGUCUACAAGCGGUCCGCAGAGCACCUGGUGCACCAUGCUGCCCCCCAGCCGCCCCUUCCCCCCCAGCAGGACCCCUGUCAACCCCACCAGGAGCACCUCCACCAGCAUGGGAAACUGCAGAGGCAACACUUCUGCGGUCGUCGCAAGCAAUAUGCGCCCCAGCCCCCUGCGGGGGGGGGGAUGGCUGUGCAGUGGGACCCCCCCGGUGAGAGCCCCGGGGCAGGAGGGCGGGGCCGGCGGUCACCCAUCCUCUCUAGCGGAGCGGGGGGGCUGACCGUGGAGACCCUGGUGGUGGCCGACCGGAAGAUGCUGGAGAAACACGGCAGAGACAACGUCACCACCUAUGUCCUGACCGUCAUGAACAUGGUCUCCAGCCUCUUCAAGGACGGCACCAUCGGCUCAGACAUCGACAUGGUGGUGGUGAGCCUGCUGCUGCUGGAGCAGGACCCGCUGGGGCUGUCCCUCUCUCACCAUGCGGACCAGUCUCUGAACAGUUUCUGCCAGUGGCAGUCUGGCCUGGUGGGGAAGGGCGGCCGUCGCCACGACCACGCCGUGCUCCUCACAGGGCUGGACAUCUGCUCCUGGAAGAACGAGCCCUGUGACACCCUAGGUUUCGCCCCCAUCAGCGGCAUGUGCAGCAAGUACCGCAGCUGCACCAUCAACGAGGACACGGGGCUUGGCCUGGCCUUCACCAUCGCCCACGAGUCCGGACACAACUUUGGGAUGAUCCAUGAUGGCGAGGGGAACCCGUGCCGUAUGUCUGAGGGGAACAUCAUGUCCCCCACGCUGGCCGGGAACAACGGGGUCUUCAGCUGGUCCAGCUGCAGCCGGCAGUACCUCAGCCGCUUCCUGGGGACGGCCCAGGCCUCGUGUCUGGGGGACGCGCCCCAGCGGGGGGGGCAGUUCCUGCCCACCCAGCAGCUCCCGGGCCAGCUGUACGACGCCGACACCCAGUGCAGGUGGCAGUUCGGCUCCACGGCUAAGCUCUGCAGGCUGGACUUCGUCAAGGACAUCUGUAAGUCCCUCUGGUGCCACCGUGCGGGCCAUCGCUGUGAGACCAAGUUCAUGCCGGCGGCGGAGGGCACGGCCUGCGGAGCGAACACGUGGUGCCGGAGGGGCCAGUGCGUACGGUACGGCGACCUAGGGACCCCCCCGGUCCACGGCCAGUGGUCCGGCUGGUCCCAGUGGUCCCAGUGCUCCAGGACAUGCGGGGGCGGAGCCAUGUCCAGAGAGCGCUCCUGCACCAACCCCAGGCCCCAGAAUGACGGGAGGUUCUGCCCGGGCGGGGCCCGUGUGAACCAGCUGUGCACUCUGCGGCCGUGCCCCCCCGGGGCCCCGGGCUUCCGGGCCCAGCAGUGCGCCGCGUACAACAGCAAGCCCUUCAGGGGCUGGUUCUACAGGUGGAGGCCCUACACCAAAGUGGACCAGGAGGACGUCUGUAAGCUGUACUGCAUCACCGAGGACUUUGACUUCUUCUUCGCCAUGUCCAGCAAGGUCCAGGAUGGCACCUCCUGUUCUGAGAACCAGAGAGACGUCUGCAUCGAUGGCGCCUGUGAGGCUGUGGGCUGUGACCAGAUGCUUGGGUCCAAGGCCUCCCUGGACGCCUGUGGAGUCUGCAAGGGAGACAACAACACCUGCCGCUUCUUUACCGGCCGCUACACACUCCAGCACCGCGCCAACGAGUACUACUCGGUGGUGACGGUGCCUGCCGGGGCGCGCAGUGUCCUCGUCCAGGAGGUGGAGGCGUCCAGCAGCUACCUGGCGGUGCGGUCCCUGAAGAUGGAGCACUACCUUACGGGGGACUGGAUCGUGGACUGGCCCGGAAAGUUCUUCUUCGGUGGAACCGUAUUCGACUACCAACGACCGUUCGACCGCCCGGAACGCCUGUAUGCCGCCGGGCCGACCAAUGAGACGCUGGUGUUUCAGAUCCUUCUGCAGGGGCAGAACCCAGGUGUGAUGUGGGAGUACACGCUGCCUCGCGAGAGGAAGCCAGACUUUACCUGGGGCGUGGCAAGCUCCGACUGCUCUGCUGCCUGCGCUGGAGGCCGUAUAUCCACCAAGGCCAUCUGUCUGCAGGACCAGAAGGUCCAGGUGAACUCCAGCCUGUGCGACCCCCGGACCCGGCGCACCGUGGGCUCCCUGCUGUGCAACACUCAGCCCUGCCCUGCCUACUGGUGGGCCGGCCCCUGGGGGCCCUGCAGCCUGUCGUGUGGCGGCGGGCAGCAGACCCGGGGGCUGCGCUGCCUGAGGAAGGUGACCUACCAGCGGGAGGAGGCUGCGCCCCCCGCCCUGUGCCCCGGGGGGGCUCCCGCCCGGGUGCAGCCCUGCCUCCACCAGGCCUGCCCCCCCCAGUGGAGCACCAGCGCCUGGUCCCAGUGCUCAAAGACGUGUGGGCGUGGUCUGAGGAAGCGCAGUGUGUUCUGCCGCAGCCCGGCCGCGGGCCCCGGGCCCCCAGGCCCCGUGGCCCCUGCGGUGGCGGUGCUGCCUGACAGCAUGUGCCCCCGGCCCCUCCGGCCCAAGGCCCAAGAGACGUGUAUCCUGCGCCGCUGCCCCCGCAACGAGCGGCUCCAGUGGGCGGCGACGCCCUGGGGAGAGUGCUCUGCUUCGUGUGGCCCGGGGGUCCAGAAGAGAGCACUCGGGUGUGGGGAGAGAGAACCACAGGGAGGACUCCUGGCGUUCCCGUUGCGGCGCUGCAGGAACCUGCCCCGCCCGCCGCUGGAGCUCCAGCAGGUCUGCAGCCGCGGGCCGUGUGCGGCCCCCCCGGCAAGGACCCCGCCCCUCCUCUCCGGCCCCGUGGUUCUUGGAUGGUACACGUCGCCAUGGCAACAGUGCUCAGUGUCCUGCGGUGGAGGGGUCCAGACGCGCUCCACCCAGUGUCUCCGUCAGGGUCGCCCGGCGGCCGGCUGCCACGCCCACCAGCGCCCCACCUCCUCCAGGGCCUGCCACACCCACUUUUGCCCCGCCCCCCGCCUGGCCCAGAGUGAGCAGUGCGUGGACCUGUUCUUCUGGUGCCCCCUGGUUCCUCAGCACCGGGUCUGUAAACACCACUUCUACGGCCAGCAGUGCUGCAAGUCCUGCAGGGGCGGCACGCCGCAGUGA